AUGGGUGAUCGUAUGGUAACACGAGGACAUUUCUUUGAUUUCAACAUUAAAUAUCUUUUCUACGUGGGCUUGUGGCCAUCCAAUGAAGCGAAGAGGAUCGAAAAAAUCGCAUACAAAAUCUACGAAUAUCAGUUGCACGUUCUGUCACUAAUCUUUUUAGUUACCACCGGAAUUGGAACUUACAAAAACCACAAAGAUAUAAUCGCAUUACUCACUAAUCUGGACAAGACCCUGGUUGCAUACAAUUUCGUUUUCAAAGUCAUUGUUUUUGUUUACAAACGAGAAGAACUCAGAAAGCUCAUAGAACAAAUCGUACAAUCUGGCGAUCAAAUAACCGAAGAUCGCAAAGCGCUUAUGGCUAAACUAGUAAUCGUUCUAACUGGUAUUUCAACUGUUAUUAUAACAGCUUUCAGUUGCUUAGCUUUAUUCGAAGGAGAAAUGACUAUAGAUGCGUGGAUGCCUUUUGACCCGAUGAAAAGUAAAAUGAAUCUGUUUGCUGCGAGCCAAAUUUUAGCUGCAACAUUUGUGGUUCCUUGUGGAUAUAGAGCCUUUGCUAUGCUAGGUAUUGUGUGCAGUUUGAUUUUGUAUUUAAGGGAUCAAUUGGUAGAUCUACAGAAUAAGAUUCGUGAUCUGAGAUUUGCGACAGGAAAUGUUGAAAAAUUGCGAGAUGAUUUUAAAUUAAUCGUCAAGAAACAUGUUCGGUUGUUGGGAUAUUCAAAAGUCAUAGAGAUGAUAUUUAAGGAAUAUUUCUUCAUUCAGAACAUGGCCGUGACAGCUGAAUUGUGUUUGAAUGCAAUGAUGGUGUCAGUGGUCGGCUUAGAACAGAAGACGUUAGCUGCUAGCUUCUUAGCGUUCCUCAGCGUUGCUCUACUCAACGCUUACAUUUAUUGUUACUUAGGUAACGAGCUGAUAGUUCAAAGUGAAGGGAUAGCCAUGGCCGCGUAUGAGUCCUCGUGGAUAUUGUGGCCCGUGGACAUGCAGAAGGAUCUCCUGAUAGUAAUCACGGCUGCCCAAAAACCUAUGAAGCUCAGUGCAGGAGGCAUGGCAGUGCUAUCUGUACAGACUUACAGUCAGACGCUGUACAAUGGCUAUUCAAUAUUCGCAGUGCUCAAUGAUAUCGUCAACUAG